UUGUAUUUACCUUUGUAAUAUUUAACUAAUUUUUUAUUUUUCAUUAUAGUGUCACAAUUUUUUUCCAUGUAUUCCUCUGAGCCAGAGACGUUCAAUCAGUUUCAAAAUCACCCAGGAACUUUAUUCAUUCAAUCUCAGCUGGAUCAGUUGUGAAGAUGUGGCAACAAGCAAAGAAAAAGAGCUACUGCGAGGUAAAAGACCCAAAUAAGCAUCAUCCCUUGAUCCAAUGCGCGGAGCUGAUCCUUCCAUGGUUAACCCCAGAAGAGCUUGCUUGCAUCUCCUUAACCUGCAAAACCCUAUCUCAGUUUUCCAAAAAUAUAACUCUCCAACGAUCCUCUGACGCUUCCAGAUCCCUUGAGAACCUUCCUAUCCCAUUUCACAACCCAGUCGAUCACCGUCCGUACGCCUUCUUCCACUAUACGUCAUCUCAAAUCCUUCAUUCUCAAUCUCCCCAACGCCAAUCUUGGGGUUCCUCGCGUUUUGCCGCUUCCCUGUGGCCAGUCAGGGAGAGUGUAUCUGUGUGUGAUUGUGAUUGUGACUGUGAGGGAUGCGAGCAGGGUGGUGCAUCUGGAUGUGGACUUUUGGGCUUAGACAAGCUGGAAAUGGGCAUUAUGAGCGAGUGCGGACGGAGUUGUGAGUGUGGGUUGGAUUGCAGAAAUCGAUUGACUCAGAGAGGGCUUUCUGUUAAAUUGAAGAUUUUGAGAGAUGAGAGGAAAGGUUGGGGUUUGUAUGCUGAUCAGCUUAUUCGGCGAGGUCAAUUUGUUUGCGAAUAUGCUGGUGAACUCUUGACAACAAAAGAAGCCAGAAGCAGGCAACAAAUCUAUGAUGAGCUCACAUCUGGUGGCCAUUUUUCUUCAGCUCUUCUGGUUGUGAGAGAGCAUCUUCCAUCGGGAAAGGCUUGUUUGAGGGUAAAUAUUGAUGCUACAAGAACAGGAAAUGUUGCAAGAUUCAUUAACCAUUCUUGUGAUGGUGGGAAUCUGUCAACAAUGCUAGUGAGAAGCUCAGGAGCUUUGUUGCCUCGUCUAUGUUUCUUUGCUUCUAAAGACAUAAAAGAAGGAGAAGAGCUCACUUUUAGCUAUGGGGAAAUCAGGGUCAGGUCUAAGGGCUUGCAAUGUUUUUGUGGCAGCCCUUGCUGUUUUGGAAUUUUACCCUCAGAACAUACUUAAUCUUAGAAAACCACAUGAGGUAGAUCUGUUAUAUGAGUAGCCAUUUUUAUGUAUAACAUUCAUUCCAUUGAUGUAAUACAAUGCUAUUUGGAUUUGUAUUGAGAAUGGUGACCAAUUAUGUUUAUCCA